AUGGCCGCCCCUCCUAGGCCUCCCAGCCCUAUGCAAUCACUUCGGGAAGAAGCAGUAUGUGCCAUCUGUCUGGAUUACUUUAAGGACCCUGUGUCCAUUGGCUGUGGGCACAACUUCUGCCGAGGGUGUGUGACCCAGCUGUGGGGCAAGGAAGAUGAACGGGACCUGGCACAUCCUGCUGUAGGGGACCACGUCAUUAGAGAGGUUUUGUUUCAUAGGUACACAGAACAGGAGGUGUUUCAGCACCGAGCACAUGCUGGACGCUGGGUUGGCCAUAGCCGUAGAAGGCGCUGGGGCAAUGCAGACUCUGUGUGGGAUGAUGAGGAAGAAGAUUGGAACGGUUUACAAGGAUUGGUACAUGACCUGAGAAUUAGGGUUUUUCCAGAAGAAGAAGAAAGAGAUGAACACCCCCACGAUGGCCACCAAUACCAUCACUUUGGCCACUACCGCCGCCGCCCAGUCUUUCGCCAUGGCCCUCCACAUCCAUCUGUGCGUCGGCAGCUCUAUCCAGAUGUUCGAAUACGUUCUCCACCUCGUCCCACACCACAAGUUUUCAGCUGCCCACAAUGCCGAAGGACUUUUCCAAGUCGCAGUUUUCGACCCAAUUUGCAGCUGGCCAAUAUGGUCCAUAUAAUUCGCCAGAUUUGCCAUACUCCAUGA